UUAAACUAGAUCUAACGGUUCGCAUGCACUAUACCACAUUGGACGGUGGUGAACACAUAAGAGCAUUGGUGCUGUGGAGCAUAGUAGUAGGGCACCAACCCGAACCCGAACCCGAACAGCAUAUCCUUAUCUCUCCUAUUCUUCUGUUUGUUUCUCGUGAAACUCCCCAGAAAAUUUCUCUCGGUUCCUUCAUCGGCUUCCCGAUCUGCUCCUGCAGCGCUUGCGAUCAUGGAGAUGGAGCGCGUGAUCGAGUUUCCUCACACUCAUCUCGAUCGGAGGCCCCGAAAGAGGGCGCGUCUAGGCUGGGACGUCCCUCUUAUCGCAAAGGCUCAGGUAGGGAUAUAUUGUGGGCAAGAGAUUGGUGAUGUAACAAGCUUUGCGCCUUCAGGAGCGAACCCAGAUUAUACCAUCAAUUAUAGUUCUCUGUUUGAUAAGGAUGUUGCUCGAAAUGGUUCUCCCCCAUGGAGGGAAGAUGACAAGGAUGGGCAUUACAUGUUUGCUAUUGGAGAUAAUCUAACUUCUCGCUGUAAAUACACUUUCCUCCACCUGUACCUCUUAAUGGUUAUGAAGCAUGGGAAAUCUGGACUUGGAUAGAUUUUUAUUUCGUCCACUGUUUGGAAUUUCACUAUAUAGUCUAAGUAGGAUAUGCUUUGUUUCUUGUCUAUGUACUGAGUUGGUUUCUUUUUUCUCUUAUUUUGUUCUUGCAGAUAAGAUCCAUAGCAAAAUGGGCGAAGGUACUUUUGGCCAGGUCCUAGAAUGCUGGGACAGGGAAAGGAAAGAAAUGGUAGCUGUGAAAAUUGUUCGCGGCAUUAAGAAAUAUCGCGAGGCAGCUAUGAUAGAAAUUGAUGUGCUGCAGCAACUGGGUAAACAUGACAGGGGUGGCAACCGUUGUGUGCAAUUACGGAACUGGUUUGACUAUCGUAAUCAUAUCUGUAUUGUCUUUGAGAAGCUUGGACCAAGUUUAUACGAUUUCCUACGCAAAAACAAUUAUCGGUCCUUUCCCAUUGAUCUUGUCCGUGAGAUUGGCAGACAACUGUUGGAUUGUGUAGCAUGUGUGUAAAAGAUACUUGAGCAAUUUUUUUCCCCGCAUUUCAUUUUUCUUCUGUUUUGGUAUUCCUAGAUUUUGCCAUUUUCCUUCGUUCUUAGCAACAGCAUGAAAAAUUAAAUUGAUUUGCAUCAUGGUGCUGUCACAGUUUUGUGCCUAUUUUAGCUAAUGUCCUGCUGUGUCUUAAAAUUGCAGUUAUGCAUGACUUGCGGCUUAUUCAUACUGAUUUGAAGCCUGAAAACAUUCUCUUAGUUUCAUCAGACUAUGGCAAAGUACCUGACUACAGGGGUUCAUCUCGUUCCCCAAGGGAAAGUUCCCACUUUAAAAGGGUCCCAAACUCGAGCGCAAUCAAGGUCAUUGAUUUUGGUAGCACAACAUAUGACCGUCCGGAUCAGACCUACAUUGUGUCAACUCGACAUUAUCGUGCCCCAGAAGUUAUCCUUGGUCUUGGUUGGAGCUAUCCAUGUGAUGUUUGGAGCAUUGGGUGUAUUCUAGUGGAGUUGUGCACUGGUGAAGCAUUGUUUCAGACUCAUGAGAAUUUGGAGCACCUUGCAAUGAUGGAGAGGGUGCUUGGUCCUCUACCCCUGCACAUGUUGAAAAGAGCAGAUCGACAUGCCGAUAAGUAUGUCAGAAGGGGAAAACUGGACUGGCCAGAAGGGGCUGCAUCUAGGGAGAGUGUUAGGGCAGUAAUGAAGCUACCUAGACUGCCGAAUUUGAUAAUGCAGCACGUCGAUCAUUCUGCAGGGGAUCUUAUCCACCUGUUGCAAGGUCUCCUUAGGUACGAUCCUUCGGAGAGGUUGACCGCUCGUGCAGCUUUAAGGCAUUCCUUCUUCACGAGGGAGCAUCCUCGGAGAUAAGAAGCUGCGAGUGCCCUGCCUGAAACGAGUUCAGGCUGUUUGUUGUUAGGGGCUAUACCCUUAUGAGUUACCCGACUAACCAGCAGGGGCGCUGCUGCCUCUGUUAAACUCAUGUAAAUAUGUAACCCUCCCCUGGUGUGCUUACACGAACCUCUAAUACCCAAUUCAUUUGUCAAGCUGUGAAAGAUAUUGAAGUCAUCUCCUGCCAUUGUGAUGUAUGAACCUGAUAAGUGCAAGCAACUUGUUGCUCUCUGUUUCUCCGUUGUCACAUGUUCUGCACUUGGUGUAGCUAAUGUAGCACCUCCAUUGUUUGCCAUUUGGUGAGGGUGUUGAAAGGAACUUGACGUCUGUGUACCGCAAUCAGUAACCGGCGACAAUGAAAGGCUGGCGAAUUCAACAUUUCUGUUUCCUUGGCGGAUAGCCUACGUCUAUCAUAUGCAGUGAGAAACUGAGAAUGACGAACCCUUGCGAGUUGCAAGGCUGAUGCAUGUGUUAG